AUGGCUUCCAUCAAGUUUUCAAUCUGUUUUCUUCUUCUUCUCCUCUCUUCAAGUCUCUUUGUUAUUAGUACCAGUCAAGCUGUCGAGCAAACACACCAACCCAAACCAUCAGCCGUACUCUCUGACAAGGGCUAUCAUGCCAUGUCACUAACCCUAGACAUGAUUCUUGAGUCCGUGAUGAUGCCCGCAAUACAGUCCGUAAACCACACCAACACCACUUUUACCCUCUUUUGCCCUCGGGACCAAGCUUUCUUCAACUCCAAGUAUCCACAGCCUCCAUUGACACUCCUUAAGUACCACGUUGUGCCAUUCAAGUUCGACAGAGAUACAAUAGAGGCAUUUGUUGGUCAUGGUUCCAACGUUCGAACUCUUCUGCCCGGUCAUCCUCUUGUUGUCACUUCUUUACCAACUCGCACUGGUAGAUCAUACGCGUCUAUUAACCGAGUCAAAAUCACUGAAUGGGAUGUCUACAACAACGGACGGCUCAUUGUUCAUGGGGUUGAUGACUUCUUCGAUCCUGCUUUCCAAACCCUACUGUAUCCGCAGUACGACACCGUUGUGACAAAGGUUCAGUCGCGUGGAUUUUCUGGGCAGAGAGAGGUGAUAGAGAAUUGGAUUCUUUUGGUAGCUCUUGUGGCUGCUUGCACUUGUGUGCUCAUUCUCGUAAAUAUCUUUUGUGAUAACCCUUCGGACAAGGACGAUGUUCAAUAUUAUCCCUUGUAUUAUUAG